GUUCGGAUUCAUCGGUAUUCUUCUGCAAUUUCCUUAAGAAACAAAAGUAUUGCAAUUCUUCUUCUUUUAAAUAAUCUUUUACGAAACCCCUUCUAUUCAGAUAAAAUUGUAUUCAUACAUUUAUUGAAAAAAUAUUCUCGUUUUCAAACUUAUUGCUGUAAAUAACUGUUAACGUAUGAAAUGUUAAAACAGCUGGGCAACUCCAGGAACGGGCUUGCCUCCAGGACAAACAGAUGGCACCGCUAAAUAAUUUUUGCAAGAACGCGUGGUGCACCUGCACCUCCUACAACGGCAACCUAUAGCUGUUAUAUGCUUGACGCCUUGACGUUGGAAUCGUCGGAUCGUCGGGUUGUUGGGAUGAUGACACGCGUAUGAGGUGAACUUUGAAGCCGGUCGAAAUGUAUACGGACAUGGUGAGCACCUUGAAUAAAACUGUGGGAUAAUGUGGAAAAUAAAGUUGUGAGUACUUUGUGAUUGUAAAUACUUGGAUAAGAGAAAGAAAGGCAAGCAAGUAGUAAGUAAGUACUAGUGAGGACGUUCGAGGUUCGAGGAGUUAUUUCGCAGCAGCAGCAGCAGCAGCAGCAGCAGCAGGCACCUAGCAGAAGGUUUAUGUUCUCAGCUCUGCUCGGCUGCGCCCAAUUUCUCGUGUUAACCCUGUUCCUCUUAUUUCUCUUCGACUUGUUUCAUUGCUAGUGGUUGUUCAGUAUUAUCCUCAAUUUCAUCGCACUCGGCGGAAAUUUGGUGUUGGAAAACACGCGGGAGUGAAGUGGUUGGUGGGUUUCAUAGCGUUUUUAUACAACUACCUAGCCGUUGAAAAAGAAAUUCAAGUCAUGCCGACGAGAGGUGGUACUAAUGUACAUAUGGUACUGCCACCUCAUUAUCUCCAUGAAUUACCCGUCGAGGCUGAGGAAAGACUUUCCAAGAUUUUCCAACAAUUGGACAUUGAUGGAAAUGGAAGGAUCGAUGUACAUGAUUUGGCACAGGCUCUCCAUCAAGUUGGCGUUCACAAACGAUACGCCGAGAAAUUUCUGCAGCAGUCGGACAGCACCAAAAGCGGUGACAUAAGUUUAGCUGAAUUCAUUCAUUACGUUAUAGAACAUGAAAAAAAACUUCGUCUGCAAUUCACCCAUCUCGAUAAAAAUAAAGAUGGUAAAAUCGAUCUGGAGGAAUUGAUAAGUUCUUUUAAUAAGGAUCUGGGAAUAAAAAUGGAUAGAGCUGAAGCCACUAAAUUACUGCAGAGGAUGGACCGGGAUGGCAGCUUAAGUAUAACUUUCAAUGAGUGGCGAGAUUUUCUACUCUAUGCACCAAGUGAUGACAUUCAUGCACUCAUCACGUAUUGGCGACAUUCUACGUACAUGGACAUUGGGGAGGAUAUGGGCGUUCCUGAUGACUUUACAAGCAGUGAAAUGAUGUCAGGAAUGUGGUGGAGACACUUAUUAGCUGGUGGAAUUGCUGGCGCUGUUUCACGUACGUGUACAGCUCCUUUAGACAGAAUAAAAGUAUAUCUUCAGGUCCAUGGAACAAAACACUGCAAUAUAAGGAGUUGUCUGAAGUACAUGCUAAGGGAGGGUGGCAUUUAUAGUUUAUGGCGAGGAAAUGGAAUCAAUGUACUUAAAAUUGGACCGGAAACCGCCCUAAAAUUUGCAGCAUAUGAAAAGAUUAAGAGAUUCAUCAAGGGAAACGACUCCAGGGAAUUAGGUAUUGAUGAGCGAUUUAUUGCUGGAUCAGCAGCUGGGGGUAUCAGUCAAUCUGCUAUUUAUCCCUUGGAGGUGCUAAAAACGCGAUUUGCAUUAAGAAAGACAGGUGAAUUCAACGGGAUCGUAGAUGCAGCCCAGAAGAUAUAUGCUCAGGGUGGUCUUAAAAAUUUUUAUCGAGGAUACAUACCCAACCUAAUUGGCAUCCUCCCCUAUGCUGGAAUUGAUUUAGCUGUUUAUGAGACAUUAAAAAAUAGGUAUUUACGAUCACACAGUAAAAACGAACAACCGGCAUUUUGGGUUCUCCUUCUGUGUGGUACUGCCUCGAGUACGGCAGGACAGGUGUGCUCUUAUCCACUCGCUCUAGUCAGAACAAGAUUGCAGGCUGAAGUAUCUAAUACACAUUCGAGAACUAUGAUUGGGGUCUUCCAAGACAUCUUACAGACAGAAGGUUUCCGGGGAUUAUAUCGAGGCUUAACGCCCAAUUUCCUCAAGGUCGCCCCAGCUGUAUCAAUAAGCUACGUGGUCUACGAACAUUUCAGACAGGCUCUUGGUGUUAACAUGACGUGAUGAAGAUCUUUCCUAGGAACAAUGAAUUUUUUAAUUAAAUUAUUAUCAGCUCUAAGUUAUUGAACUAAUGGAGGCAAAGAAACAGAAGCUGGGGAGAGAGUGGCGGAUCUAGUGCCAAUCGGAAAAAAAUCCUAAUCGUUUGCACUGCUUCACAAUUUGUCUCAUUGAUCUAACGACUAGUUCUUCUAAAGUUCAACGCUUCAAGUGAGAUGAAUCAUCACUGGCAGUUUAUGCUCAAAAAUCAUUUCUAAUAGAAAAAAUCAUUGUAAUUACAAACUCCAGAAUGGUGUGGCCUAUGCACGUAUUAUGUUUGAGAUUGGAUGAUCAGUGUUAAUGUACACGUUUGUGCUCAGUUUGAAAACAUUUUAAAUUAUAAAAACAUUAAAAAUAAUUAGGAAUAAAGCGAUCAGCUAAACUCAAUUCAAAGGUUUUAAGCCACUGAAGCAUAAGAAGCCCCUGGCCGUAAAGCGAUUAAAGACAAAAGAAAGUAAAUCCUUAGAUUUGUUUUGGAUUUUUUCCAUCAUUGGCAUUGACAUAAUCAAUGAUAUUCAAUUGAUAUGUUCAAAGUUAUACUUACACUGUGAUAAGUAUACUGAUAAGGAUUUCAGAAAUCAUGAAAGAGAGUAAAAGAUUUAAUGCUCGAUAUGGGUUAUGAUUUUUUAGAAAUUUCUUCCCGCAGAUAAUGAUUGAAAAUUAUUUAGAACAACAUCUACAAAGGAAAAAAAUCUAACAAUGAGAAAUAAAAUCUUCAGGAAAAAAGGUUGAAACAAUGUCAAUGUCGUGUAGAAGUAAAGGCAUAACUCGGGAAAUUCAUAAUAGGACAACAGAAAAUUUAUUUUUUUCAUUACACAUCUUCGGACAUUCUGUUAGUGCCUUUUAAAUUGCAAGAAUUGCAAGAUAGAGCUCCUUGAUUCAUUCCCUAACGUAUGCCUUUAGUUCUAGGACAUGCAAUAUUUUUAAUUCUACAUUCUCUUAAUCUGUGAAUUCAUCUUGAUAAUACGAGGUUUUGAGAAGAAAUAUAGAAAAAGGCUCUUGUUGGAACAUCUAAUAGCAUCCAUAGAUGUCUUCUGCCACUUUUUCUUCGCAACACACCACUUCUCGACACAAUCUCGACAUAAUCAUAUUAUUAACAAAAUAUGGUCUAUUAACUCGUUAUGAUUCACUAAUCUGCUCCAAAAAUCAUUCUUCAAAUCCUAGAAUAUACAAUAAAAAAUUAAAUGCCUCGUUAUUGCAUUAACCAUCUUUGGAAUCUAAGUAUUGAAAAAAAAUGUGCAUCUAAAGUAUCAUUCCCAGCGUGAAUAACAUCACGUAUGACUCAAAUACCAGAGGCGUCUCUCAAAGCAUAUUUAAAGAAAUAACUAAGGCAUAUAUAGCUCAGAUUUUGUUUCUCCAACUGUCUUACUUAAUUUUUUAUGCUCUUCUCCCUCGAGGAUUAAUGCCCAAUUAACAUUGAGAUGCUUUUACAAUUGGUACGGAUUUUUCUAUUGACGAAAAAACUGUAUGGGACUGAUAGUACAUGACUUUAAAAACAAGCAAUCGUAAUGAAUAAUUUUUUCUCCUUUUUAGUUGAAUUUUUUUUAUUGCUCCACCAUGUACAUUCUAUGUAAAGUUUUUCUGUAAGAAUAAACCUUAUUUAUUGACGACCAUUAUUAUAUUAAAAAAGUGGAAGAAAGGAACCCGCUCCCUGAAAUGUAAGAGAAUUUUUCAUUAUCUCGAUGUAUAGUUCAUUAAUUCAUUAAUUUACCCGCUACUAAUUAUCAAAACCUACAACAUUAUUCCAAAAAAAAAAUACAAAAAAAUAUAACUCUACUGCAUUCAUAAAAUUUUCAAUGAAGUAUUAUUUGAUAUAGAAGCAGUAUCUGUACAUCUAUGAUUGCUCCUAAUUGCAUUGAAUUCCAGUAGUGACGCACUAAAAACAUCUUUUAUUCCAUUAUGAUUAUUAGAUUGAAUUCCAUUAUAAUUAUUAUUGUCUCUAGUUUUUAAUGAAAAUCUCCUAAUUUGAAAGACAUGGCGAAAUAUAUAGAAUAGUUCUUUUUGCCGAUAUCAAUGACUUCCACGAAAAAAAUUUUACUGAAAAUUUCAUAAUGUCUCAACUUCGGAAAUAUCUUUGAAAAAUUUAUUGUUUCACUACUGGCAUUCAACAUCCAAAUAUCCGCAAAAAAUCAACUAAAUUAAAAGCUGUGCAACUUUAA